AUGGAAAACUCAUUCAGCUUCAGUCCUCUGUGGAGGGAGAUUUCCAUUGCUAAGAGGGUUGACCCUGCUCUCAAACCUCUUCACGGCAUUAUCCUUCAGCGAGCCCUCAGAGACAUCCCCCUACCGGAAUUGGAGAACAAAAAGCUCCAGACUGAAGACAUUCUUGAAUCGGUCGCCUCUCUGAUCCCAGACCUACUUUCAGACCUUGCUGAGGAUAAUGACAUCCUCAAGAACAUUCGAACGCUCGCUGCAAGGGAGAUACCAGGAGAAAAGCCUUCGGUCAUCAUUCAGGCGAGCAUUUCGAUGUGGUAUGCCGAGGCCAUAUCGUCUUUCCGCGAGCAUUACCAACCUGGCAAGAAUGACACCAUGGAACUUGCGGGCCUGCCUCGGGGCAUGCCUUGGGAGCAUAGCCAGUCUGAGCAGUUCCCAUUCGCCAACUUGGGUUUCAUUGCGAUGCUGGUCGUGGGCGAAGUCUGGGAGAAGCCUGCCGAUCUCAAAUUUCGAUCUGCCUGCCUUGUCGCCCAUACCGCCCUUGCUUUCCUCUACAUCACCCAUGUCCUUGGGGAGCAUCUCGCGGAUUAUCCGUGGCGUAGUCUCUCUACCUAUGUCGACGAGCAAUCCGCCACAGCACUUCUUUUGAAGAUAUCGCUCUCAAUCGUGGCCAAGGGCUACCGCCUGUCUCAGCCGUCGCAGGCGCCUGCAAUUGAAUUCAAUGUGGCUCCCAACACCAUCAGAGUGUCGGGUCAAGGAAGGAAGCUGCUGGUCAAGGUUGCAAUGGACAACGAGUGGCGAUCUGUCCCAUUCUGGCACCCCUAUCGAAGAGUGCCUGGUUCGCCUUGGAACAACUACAUCAUUAACACCCAGCUGCCGACCUUCCCUGCCAGCACUCCCCCGCCUCAGGACUCCGUUGAAUACCAUCUGCCCUGCUCAGCUUUCACGUUGACUGAUGGUUUCGAGAAUGCAUACGAAUUCAAGCGUGUGGAGAUGGAUGUGGACGUACCUGGAACCGAACGGUCGUUGGCUGACCGAGAGGAACGAUUCAUAGACCUUGCCCGGCUAUCGGAGGGAACGUAUCCGGGCAUGAGACUGGACGGCUUGCCACCCAACGAGAUCAACGACAUCAGUGAUGAGUACCUGUACUUCACGCCAGCGGGCAGGACACCCCGUUCGGACAUGGGAGGGUACCUUACCCUCAAUUUCUUGAACGCCGCAUGCCAUGCAUGCCAGUUUCUCGAGGAUGCAGACGCGGAUGACGAUGACUUCUAUCUGAUGACGUUCACACAUUACAUAGACAAUGGUCAGGGUGCUUGA